AUGUCUUAUACUUCAAAUUACGGUGCUCCGGGUGUUCCCGCUCCUCCAGGAACAUUGUUCACAGCUACCUCCUCUUCUACUUAUGGUGGCAGCAGUGCGGCCCCACCAUCGUCUUCAACUUACGGAACCAGUGGAUCUUCAUAUAAUAGUGGUUCUUAUAAAAAUUCUUCUGGUUAUACCUCUUCAUCUUACUCUUCAAGAUAUGGAAACGAACGUGGUGUAGAUCGUUCUUAUGAUGAUCGCAGUCGGAGGGAUCGUAAGGAGUAUGAUUCUCGCAGCUCUAGCUAUCGAGAUCGUAGUCCUACAUAUGAAACUUACGGAAGUAGGGAACGUUAUUCUUCAUCGAGCUAUCGUCCAGGAGGAGGGAAUAACUCUUAUUCAAAUGAUCGUAUGUCAAACCUUGGAUCGGGUUUGAUUAAACAAGAGUGGGAUUUCUCUAAACUUCAUAAAUUUGAAAAGAAUUUUUAUCGGGAACAUCCUGAAGUCAUGUCACGAUCAAUUGUCGAAGUUGAUGAGUACCGUAAAUUUCAUGACAUGAAAGUCUUUGGUCGUGAAAUUCCAAAACCAGUAGAAACCUUUGAAGAGGCCAAUUUUCCAGCUUAUGUGUUGAAAGAAGUUUUGGACCUCGGGUUUAAAGCUCCCACGCCAAUUCAAUCUCAAGGAUGGCCGAUGGCACUUUCUGGGCGUGAUGUUGUAGGUAUAGCUGAAACGGGAUCUGGCAAAACUCUAGCCUACUGUUUACCGUCUAUCGUACAUAUCAAUGCUCAACCGUUCCUUGAACCUGGUGAUGGUCCAAUUGUUUUAAUUCUCGCUCCUACACGUGAAUUGGCCGUGCAAAUUCAACAAGAAUGUACAAAAUUCGGCAAAUCCUCAAAGAUUAAAAAUACCUGUGUAUACGGUGGUGUACCUAAAGGACCUCAAGCUCGCGAGUUGUCACAAGGUGUUGAAAUUUGCAUUGCGACACCUGGUCGUUUAAUUGACAUGUUAGAAUCUAGGCGAACAAAUCUUCGCCGAGUUACUUACCUUGUUCUAGAUGAAGCAGAUCGUAUGUUAGAUAUGGGAUUUGAACCUCAAAUUCGCAAGAUAGUCGAUCAAAUUCGUCCAGACAGACAAACACUUAUGUGGAGUGCAACUUGGCCAAAAGAAGUUAAAAAACUAGCCGAAGAUUAUCUUCAUGAUUUUAUUCAGGUGAACAUUGGUUCAUUAGAUUUAUCGGCAAGUCAUAACAUUACGCAGGUAGUCGAAGUUUGUGCAGAAUAUGAAAAACGAACAAAAUUAGUUAAACAUCUUGAGAGGAUCAUGGAUCAAAAAGAUAAUAAAACAUUAAUCUUUACUGGAACUAAGCGUACAGCGGACGAAAUUACUAAAUAUUUGCGGCAAGAUGGUUGGCCAGCACUUGCAAUUCAUGGUGACAAGGCUCAGAGUGAACGUGAUUGGGUUUUAAGUGAAUUUCGGAGUGGCAAAUCUCCAAUUAUGGUCGCUACUGAUGUUGCAUCUAGAGGAAUCGAUGUUAAAGAUGUUAAGCUUGUUAUCAAUUACGAUUUUCCCACUAAUGUAGAGGAUUAUGUUCAUCGUAUUGGACGAACAGGACGUGGUGGUGCCAAAGGCUCUGCUAUAACGUUCUUCACAAUGGAUAAUGCUAAACAAGCUAAAGAUUUGGUGAAUAUAUUGCGGGAAGCUAAUCAGGAAGUGGAUCCAAAACUGACAGAUUUAGCAAAAAUUUCUACUGUCAACCCUAAUAGUGUGCGCGUUAUGGUUCUAGCAAUAGUAGUAGCCGCUCUCGUUGGUAAUAAUAAUAUUAGAGUUUGUGCAGAGUGUAUUGGCUUGGACUUGGAAGAAUAG